AUGCUGCUGCGGACGCGUGUUCUGUGGAGCAAGCGAACCCCUGGGUAUGUCUUCUGGCGGCAGAGCACACUCGUCGAGUUGGAGAAGACGAAGCGCAACUACCUGCUAACGGAGCGUCCAGUGCCAGUUGCCGAAAUCGCCCGUCGCAUGGUGCGGGUGAAGUCACGCUAUCUUGACACAAACGACUUUCACGAGCAGGGCCUCCUGCGCGGCGAGUACAAGUACUUUUCUGGGAAACUCUGCGACAUUCGCCACGCGCGCCCAGAGGACAUGGUCGCCUACGUCGAGUGCGGCGCCUUCUUUGGCUUCUGGGACACUGCCCAGAUGGAUCGUGUGAUGGAGGAGUUGCUGCUAAAGCUUGACGAACUUGGGCCCGUCGAGCUCGUACACGUCUUCGCCUCACUCUCCUCGCUGCGGAAGCAAGGCACCGAGUUGCAUCAACACGUGGCCCGCGCUCUCGUCGCCGUAGUGCCGGAGCUUUCGCUGGAGGAAUGCAUCCAAGUCGCCGUCGCGUGUGAUGCGGGGGUGCCGGAUGAACUUAUACAUAACUUGAUGCUGGCCAUUGAGCCCGAGGUUGGACGCGGUGGUCUCACCCCGGUUCGCGCGGUGGAGCUCAUGGAUACAUUUGGAACCAGCUCAACGUCGAUUCAGCACCAGUUUGAUUUGUUAUUUGAUCGUAUGAAGCAGACGGCAGUGGCGGGGUUGGCCGAGCUAAGUGUGAUGGACAUUGCGGUUAUGUGCACCUCCUUGAAGCUACGAGACACGCUGGAUACCGCUACAGAAGCAAACGCUGUACAUGUGUUUCUCUCCCGCUUAGAGGAAACCUGCGCCAGAUCCACGUCCAUGAUGUUUACAGCUGUAGCUACCACGCCUGGCUUUUCAAAGGCUAUGGAGGAACGAGUGGUGUUCCUUGCAACAGACUUUACACCGAGCGAGCUGCUCAGUGUGUUCACCGUCUACAUGAACGAUUACACCUCCGUGUAUCUUGUUUCCCAUGGGGAUAGAAGAGUUGCGGCAGCCGCGUCGAAAAACCAUGUUGAGGAGCGUCAGUUUGCGCAGCAGCGUCAGACGGCGUUAGUGCACGUCCUGCGGGAGCUCAUGGAUCAGAUGCGACUUCAGAUGGAAUCUGCCACCGCGUACUUUUUACCCACAGUACAACUGCAGUACUUGGAGGUAUUCAGCAGGGCCGUCGAGGAUAUCGGCGGUCACGUGGCGCAUUUGACGAGUAACAUUCCGCUGCUAGGACGAUGCCUGGAGCUUCUUUCGUCGAGGGUUAUUGCCUCGCUGCCGCGGUACACCUACAUGGAUUUGAUGGUACUGGUGCAACUCUGUGCUCCGUUGGGCAGGUUGGUGGCGGACGCUGCCAUUAGUGCAGCUGUGCAGGAACUCAUUCAACGUGAGGUGGGGGUGUCUAAGGAAGAUGCCGCAGAGUUGUGUGUGCUGCUGCAGCAACUGCCAGGCUUACGUGUGGAACACCAGCGGCGUAUUGAGAACUUUUUGCUGCCCAAACUUCGUGGACAUAGUGCUCAGGUCGGCUGA